AUGAGCGCUUUGCCGACCUCCGCCCACCUCCCUCGCCCCGCCCGUCGCCCUCGCCGCCUCCCCGCCCGUCGCCCUCGUUCCUCCGCCCGCCCUCGCUUCUCCCAUCCCGUCGACCUCGCUUCCCUCGCCCGUCGACCUCACUUCCCUCGCCCGUCGCUCUCGCUUUCCCCGCCUACCACCCUCGCCUCGCCCGUCGCCCUCGCCGCCUCCCCGCUCGUCGCCUUCGGUUCCUCCGCCCGUCGCCCUCGCUUCCCCCGCCCGUCGCCCUCGCUUCCCCUCUUCAUCGCUCGCCCGGUCGACCUUUCCUCUCCCACCUGUCGCUGCGUCGACGUCGUUCUCAUUCCCGCCGCCGACUCUUCAUCGAUCUUCCAUCUUAUUCGCCCUCUCUUCCUCUCCCCGUCGCCCAUGCCCAUUCCCCUCUCUCGCAUCGACGUCCUGUUUCCCCCCUUCAUUGCGCUCAGUUUCCCCCCUUCAUUGCGCUCAGUUUCCUUCAUGAAUGUCCUCCGUCACCCCCCUGCGUACCCUCCCCCCUUUCCUAUCAUCCCUUCACCCUCUCCCCUCUCUUUCUAUCUCUAUCGAUCCCUCCCUCCUCUCUCUCCCUCAUGUCCCCCCUCCAACCCCAUAUUCCUUUCCUUCCCCUCAUGUCUCCCUUUUCUUCCCCCCAGUCUAGGCCAGCAUCCUUCCCGCCUACCCUCUUCUCCCUGUUCCACUCUCUUCUUAGCGCCUCUCUCUCUCCUACUCCCGUAUCCCCUAUCUACUGCCUUCGCCAAGCCUGACUGUCCUCCUCUCUUCCCCCUCUCCUCUCUUCCCCCUCUCCUCUCUUCCCCCUGUCCUCCUCUCUUCCCCCUGUCCUCCUCUCUUCCCUCUCUCCUCUCUUCCCCCUGUCCUCUCUUCCCCCUGUCUUCCUCUCUUCCCCCUGUCCUCCUCUCUUCCCCCUGUCCUCCUCUCUUCCCCCUGUCCUCCUCUCUUCCCACUGUCCUCCUCCCUUCCCCCUCUCCCCCUCUCUUCCCCCUGUCCUCCUCUCUUCCCCCUGUCCUCCUCUCUUCCCCCUGUCCUCCUCUCUUCCCCCUGUCCUCCUCUCUUCCCCCUGUCCUCCUCUCUUCCCCCUCUCCUCUCUUCCCCCUGUCCUCCUCUCUUCCCCCUGUCCUCCUCUCUUCCCCCUGUCCUCCUCCCUUCCCCCUCUCCCCCUCUCUUCCCCCUGUCCUCCUCUCUUCCCACUGUCCUCCUCUCUUCCCCCUCUCCUCCUCUCUUCCCCCUCUCCUCCUCCUCCUCCUCCUCCCUUCCUCCCCUCUCAUCCCUUCCCCCCCACUCUCUUCCCUUACUUCCCACUCUCAUCCCUUCCUCCCCUCUCUCAUCCAGUCCUUCUCACAUUCCCUCUCAUUGUGA